ACUCGAACGAACUUCCUCUCCGCGUGAUGACGGUGACAGCCCAAGAAAGGACCGAAGUAGCACUAAUUCUCUAGCAGAGCAGGCAGUAAAGCAGAAGUUAAGAUGAUUCUUUUCUGAUUUUUUUUUUAUUUUCUAGGUUAAGCGUGUGAUCGUCUAUAUAGUUACCCAACUACCAUGAAAACCGUUUUCAUGGUUUGGUUUUGGUGAUUAGUAUACAGACGAUUAGGUGGAAUUUCAGACCCAACCUGCUGUUAGACCCCAGCACUGAAAUCAGCUGUAUAUGAUGAUGAGGAGGACUACAUGAGACCCUAGCUAUCGUGUAAUGUGAAAGAAAGCCCAAAAGAAAGAGCGAGAGAACUAGAAGAAAGGAAAGAAAAGGAGCUGAUCUCUACUUCGAUGAUGUGAGAGAUCCAUAUUUUAAGUAGACGAUUGUAGCUCUAAAACAUCAAAGCACGUCCACGUCCUCUUCCAAGAAGGGAUCAUCCAGUGCCUCUUCUAGUGCUUCUGCUGCGACUCAAAGUGCUGCGACAUCACCAAGAGCGUCCUCCCGUACUGCUGCGUCAGAGGUGGACUCCAUGUCGAAAGCGAGAGAAGGUGCCGCCAGUGGAGCUGAAUCAUCGCCAGGUUCUGCAGGGACAUCAAAUUAAGGCUAGUACUCUAGACGAUAUGUUGAGGUGUGAUCAUAGAACGAAUAUCCACCCCUUUGCAUCCUAAUUAGGUUUUGGAGACAAUACCUCGUGCUAGGUAAAUGAAUGAAUAUCAUGUCAUCAUGUCGAAGCCGCUGCGGAUCGUCGUUGCAGAAGUGAAAAAAUGUCAUCUGCUGUUCUAGAGCUAUGCGAUUCUCUUUUUGUCUAAGGUCUACCUUAUAGUGAUUAACGUUUGCCGUCGAGCUACUUUCUAUUCUACUUAUGCAUCUUCAUCUACUUACUUUAUUCGUCGUUUCUAUAGAUCUAGUAGCUAUUGUUAAGUAACUAAUUUCUAGCGACGUGUUUGGGCACGCCAUCCAAGCAGGCGCCGUCAAAGCAGUCCAUGGAAACGCAAACAACACCCCCUAAGUUAAGACUCCUUCACUAUCUGUGCGAGAUUCCCUGUAUCUCGUGCGUCUGUUGGGAUAACCCCGAGUGAAUUGUUCCAGAUAAUGUAUGUAAUUAUCCUUAGUGAUGAAGGGGAUACCUCACAGCGGACCACUGACACUCAGGAGCCACGGGUAGUGAUUGAUUAGCGUUAAGUAAGCCAGAAGAAGAGCCCCGAAGCCCUCAGCAGAAGGAGCGGGAUAAGAUGAGGCGAGGAAUUUUCGCCUUCGAUGAGCUUUUGAAAUUAUGGUCAGUGUCCUAGGUAGGUGCUGGUCAAGAUCCUAGGUAAGUACCACACUACUUUAAUAUAAAGCAGGUAAAAAAGUGCACAUGUAGCUGACUCUAAAAAUUGUAGGCGAUUUAAUCUGCUCAAUAUAUGUGACAGGCAUGAUAAAUAUUUACAUGAUUAUGGAUCAUUGUAGAAGGAGUCAUUCUAGCAUCAAAUACAUGGUCCUCAUAAGUUUGUUCUAAAAAAGCUAUUCUUGGUCCUCUACAACUCAUCUUAUGUAGAAUUUAGCCUUCCUUUCUCAACACUCAAUAGCCUCUCUCCCUCUUCGCUCUCUAGCCAAUAAUUUUCUGGCACCAAAUAUCUCACGCUUACCACGCUAGCAGUGGUUCUAAUAAGCCAAUUGAACGGCUGCGACGAGCGGCUCCGCGACUUCGUAUUUAGCAGUACUGCCCAGAUGAAGACCCUGAAUAGCACUAAGCGUGCUGGAGACCCCAUACUCUUAUGGGUUAAAACUAAUUGGUAUAGCCUAAUGCACCCAAAGGUCCAUGCCUAAGACCCAAACUCUUCCAGUAAGUGGUUACCUAAAUCUAUCCUGGCAUGACUUCUGUUACACCAGUGAAGUAUCCUGCUGUAGCACUGCUCUCUCCGCCCCAAAGCUUACUUUACUACUACUUCUACUCCUACUGCUUAUCACGAUUGGGCACACUACUACUACGAUUACUACUACGACUACUACUUACUCUCGCGAUUUAUCUGCUUGUCCGUGAUAAGUGAACAGGCCAACGCCUAAACCACUAAACCACUGCUAUCAGUCCGUUCAUCGAGUAGUAUUCAAAGAAAAGGCUGCUCUAAUCCCAGUGGAGCAGGAAGCUGUAAUCCAAAAGCAUCUUGGCCGAGUGCAGGAUACCUUCCAAGUUACGCCUUCUACUGGUGUUGAUCUGUCCGUCAUGUUGCGACUUUUUACUAGAGAAAGAGGACGUUCCUAUUAUUGUUGGCAGUCUACUUCAUGACAUGUCGUCGAUUCGUGUUUGUGCGGAAUUAGUGGCCUUGUAGUUCUAUUUACUACAAAGAAGUGCCAGUCGUGGCACAGUGGUUGAUAUGCAGGAUUCAUUGUCCGAAGUGAGAAAUAUUGUAUGAUUGUCAUGAAUGUUGAUUGCCGUGGGGUGCUGCUAGGUAUUAAGACCAAGAGGAGGAGGACCAAGAAGGCGAAGACCAGUGAGAUAAGAGUUAGUCUUAGUUUUAGCGCUCCUCUAUGUCUAUCACUGUGAACAAUACAGCUUUCUUCAGCUCUAAUCAAUUGCUGGUAAAGCGACUCGAGCUGUUGUAUUCGAUGGCUAAUCUUAAGGCUUGUUCUUUUCCUAAUCGUCCAUCUCAAAAUAUACGACCCCUCAAGAUAGAACUAGACACACAUCUCGGACGAGAAACUACUUUUCCUGCAUAGAUGUCAGGGGAAAACGGCUCUAAGCUGAGCUCUCUAGAUGGGUGUCUAGCUAUGCAGUACUAGGCGGACCCAAACUUUACGUGUAACUAAUGGGAGUGCUCCCACAGAUGACGGGGGAAACUACAGGGUGUGACUAAUUUUUUGUUUAGAGCAGAGGAAGGCUAAGACACACUAUACUCACCUUGAUGCUCGCCCAAGAUGAACCUCCAAGUAGAUGAACCUGGAGAUUCGAAUCUUCUGAGCUUUCGCAUUAUAGAUUUUCAUCCUUUCGGAAACAGACAAGUCCAUACUGUUCCGCAUCAUCUUCUUGCAGCAAUAUUAUCCAAUCGAGGACUACCAACUUGGGGGUUAGUACUUCUUCCCUGUACCUCUUCUGAUGAGCUCAUUCUCUCUCUCUCUCUCUCUCUCUCUCUCUCUCUCUCUCUCUCUCUAAUUUUGAAGUGAAGUCGCAACCGCAGAUCCAGAAGCUGCAUGCUUUGGUGCAGACGUUUGUGAAGGAACUGGACAGGGAUGAGAGGAAUUUGCAGAAAGCUUUCGAGAAUCUAAAGAAUCUGUGAGGUGGAAUAAGUACUGAAAAUAAAGAGUCACAAACAUCGUUUUCCACCCAGUACUUCUCAAAUGAUGGAAGUAGAAGUAGAAGUCACCGACGUCGCCCUACAAGUCAGUACUGAAAUAAUGAGGCAGCUAACUACUCGAAACUGGGCAUCCAUGAUGACCACUCUGUAGGUCUUGAAGUAGUAGGACCACUAGGAGUAGUGCGCGUUCCUACUAGUCCUCGUAAUCUUACUACUGUAGUGUUCAAACAGAUUCUCAUCUAGUGCUUGACUAGUAUAAGCUGUAAGUGUUUAUUAUCUGCUGGUACCCCAGGCAGCUUAGGUUAUCACGUGGUUCGUCUCCGAAUGAAUGACUGAAUACCCCAAGUUGUAGAGCAUGCUAUUAUAAGCUAGCCAGUCUAGCAUGAUGAAGCUCAACUUGAUCUAAAAGUAUCAUUGAUCUCUAAGAGUCUGAGAUUCUAAAGCCUACAAGACAAUGUGUUACAGCUGCCACCGGAAAAACUUUUCAGAAAUUUUGAUACAUUUCCCCUGUUUUGGUGCAAAAAGAUGUAUAAGAUGAUGUUAUUAGCGAGUUGAAAUUGUAACAAGUGUGAUGAUAAAGAGUUGAAAGAAGUGACGAUGACCUAAAUUUAAAAAGAAGAAGUGACACCUAUAACUAAACUGAAUUCAUUGAAUAAGUUUCUGGUUACUCCUCGAACGAGUUGAUUGGCAAACAGAACAAAGUGAUUUUCUAAAAAUGACUACAACCCUAAGGGAGCCUAAAAACAAUUCCCAAUGUCCCAGAGUGGCCAUAUUACUCUUGAUCUAAAUCUAGAUCUAAAUCCAUAGUUGUCCUAGUAGAAGAGUGACCAUCUUUUUACCUUCCUCCAAACAAACUAAGUAAUCCAAACUAAGCAAUAAUAUAAAACUAAUUAUAAUCCAAACUAACUGAAAAGCAAUAUUUGAUCCAAACUAGUAGGUGAUAUAUGAAAAUGAAUAUUAAUUUUCGAUAUGAGUACAAGAUCACUUUCGAGGAAGCCUUGAAAUAACAGGUUCUUUGAGAAUACUAGUUCUGAAUUAUCAGCCCUCGUAAGUGGUUACUCUACGCUUGUCUGGAAGCACUUUCGGAGCUUGUCUCUGCGGUCAUCAGCAAAGAACGAACAGGGACGCAUGUUCCAUGCGUGGCCACUCUACUCGGUUAUUUCAUUUUUUACUCGGUUAUUUCGAAGUGUAAUUGUUUCUCCUGGAGACUCCACUGCUGCUGGGCGAGGCAAUACCGCAGCUGCCCAGCUGCAUACUCCGGAUCGGUCCCUUUCUUGUGAUCAUUCAUGCAAAGAGACCUUCAAC